UCAAAAGAGGCGGCGUUAGCUACGCCGGCCCCUUGCUUUGGAUUCAACAUCAAACCCGUCUCAGAAAGUCGCUUUAUUUACGUAUUUGUUGGAGUGUACCAUGGAUUUAAUAUAAGUAGAUCGUCUACUGACAAACAUCACGUGACUUAUCUCCGAAAGUCAUCGAUCUGGGCAGAGCGCCAGAGGUUGAGCUACAGCCAUGGUGCAACAAUACCAGUCACCUGUAAGGGUCUACAAACACCCCUUUGAGCUGAUAAUGGCGGCCUAUGUGCGGAGGUUUCCAAACUGCCCCCUGAUCCCCAUCUUUGUGGACAGUGAGGUGGUGAAGGAGGAGCACAGUGAUGACGGAGCCACUGUGUUCAUUGAGAGGCGCUGUAAGGUGGAGGCAGACGCCCCCCGGCUGUUCAAAAGGAUGGCUGGUGUGGACUACCUGUACUUCAUCCAUAAGAACACUCUGGACCGCAGGGAGAGGGCGCUGCACAUCGAGGUCGUCAACGAGACCUUCUCCAACAGAGUCAUCGUCCAUGAGAUCUGCAACUACACGGUUCACCCAGAGAAUGAGGAGUGGACGUGUUUCGAGCAGACAGCCAGUCUGGACAUCAAGUCCUUCUUUGGCUUUGAGAACGCGGCCGAGAAGCUAGCCAUGAAGCAAUAUGCCAACAGUAUUAAAAAGGGCAAAGAGAUCAUAGAGUAUUACCUGAAGGAGUUGGAGGAUGAGGGGGUGACCCACGUCCCCCGCUGGAGCCCCCCUCAGGCCCCCCCACCCACUGCCAGCCCCACAGAUCUACCGGCUGGCUCCACAGAUGACAAGUUGGAUGCAGACUACAUCAGGCGUUACCUAGGAGACCUGACGCCACUGCAGGAGAGCUGUCUUAUAAGACUACGCCAGUGGCUGCAGGAGACCCACAAGGGCAAGAUCCCUAAGGACCAGCACGUGCUGCGUUUCCUGCGGGCCCGAGACUUUAACCUGGAGAAGGCCCGGGAGAUCCUGUGUCAGUCGCUCUCCUGGAGGAAGCAGCACCAGGUGGACUUCCUGCUGGAUUCCUGGGAGAGACCUCAGCUGCUACACGACUACUACACCGGGGGCUGGCACCACCACGACAGAGAUGGACGCCCUCUGUACAUUCUGCGACUCGGUCAAAUGGAUACCAAGGGUUUAGUACGCGCCUUGGGCGAGGAGUCCCUUCUGAGACAAGUCCUGUCCAUCAACGAGGAAGGUCUGAGGCGUUGUGAAGAGAACACCAGAGUCUUUGGCCGACCCAUCAGCUGCUGGACGUGCCUGGUGGACCUGGAGGGGUUAAACAUGCGUCACCUGUGGCGUCCAGGGGUUAAAGCCCUGCUGAGGAUCAUAGAGGUGGUGGAGGCCAACUACCCAGAGACCCUGGGAUGUCUGCUCAUACUGAGGGCUCCACGGGUCUUCCCUGUGCUCUGGACCCUGGUCAGUCCAUUCAUUGACGAGAACACCAGGAAGAAGUUCCUGGUGUAUGCUGCGAAUGACUACCAGGGGCCUGGAGGUCUGGUGGACUACAUUGAUAGAGAGGUCAUCCCUGACUUCCUGGGAGGAGACUGCCUGUGUGAGAUCCCUGAAGGAGGUAUGGUCCCCAAAUCUCUGUACAGGACAGCAGAGGCGCUGGAAAGUGAGGAGCUGCGGCUGUGGACAGACACCAUCUACAAGACUGCCAGUGUCUUCAAGGGGGCCCCACAUGAGCUGCUGAUCGAAAUCUCCGAGCCCUCUUCUGUGAUCACCUGGGACUUUGACGUGUGUAAAGGGGAUGUCAUCUUCAACAUCUACCACUCCAGGAGGGCGCCCCAGCCCCCCAAGAGGGACGUCCAAGGGGCCCAUGGCAGCAUCGUGUCGCCAGCCACCAACAACAUGCAGCUGAUUGACAGAUCCUGGAUUCUGGGGCAAGACUACAGUAUGGUGGAGACAGCACUCACCUGCAAGGAGGGAGAGAGUGUUCAGGGCUCCCAUGUGACGCGGUGGCCCGGGUUCUACAUCCUCCAAUGGCGGUUCCACUGCUCCCCGGCCUGCUCUACCUCCAGCCUGCCCCGGGUGGACGACGUGCUGGCCUCCCUGCAGGUCUCCUCCCACAAGUGUAAGGUCAUGUUCUACACCGAGGUGCUGGGCUCCGAAGACUUCAGGGGCUCUAUGACCAGUCUGGAAUCCAGUCACAGUGGCUUCUCCCAGCUGAGUGCCGCCACCACCACCUCUAGCCAAUCACAGUCCAGCUCCACCGUAUCAAGGUAGCAUCCAGCCAAUAGGAGAAAAACCAGUGCUGUACCAACCCCUGCCAAUGAGGACUUAACCUUACCCAAUGGGAUGAGAGAAGUGUUAUGAACUGUAUGGAACAAGGAUAGCCAAUCCUUAAUGCCAUGUGGAGGAACACUGGACUUCCUACCUGUGACCACCUUCUAGUACUGCAUUUAAAGCACUGGAAUAUAUUAUUAAAAUAUACAUGUACAUUUUUUUAUCUGUAUCUAUAAAUUUGUGACAUUAAGAUUGCUCUGGAAGUGGAACAUCUGCUAUGUGGGCAUCUGCUGAAUGAAUAAAUGCAUAUGAAGAUGUCUUGCAAACCAUCAUCAUCCUCUUCUUUCUUUCAAUACCAUUAUUCUUUAAGGGAAGUGAAAUGUUUCCCAUUUUAUUGAAACUGAACAAUAAAGCACUGCCUAUUUA